AUGGACCAGACAGGGCCCCAUCUAGGCUCGGGGCUGAUAGCUAUCUUACUGAUCACAAGAUCCCGGCCUGGACCAAGAUUGGUCUUCCAAUGUCCUCCUCUUGUGAAGUCCAAAGGUGCGCGGCCGCAGCCAGUCGCUCCGGAUUCGGACGAGGAGAGCGACGAGGACGAUGUCAUCGAUGAAGACCGGGCCUCUGCCAUGACCUCUGCCGCGAAAGUAGCCGCCACUGCCGCCAUAGACGGCGAGAAGUCGCAAAGCACCCCGAGUGCCUUGCUUGGCCACUCCGUGGAGACACUGGAGAAGCUGCUCUCACCAGGUCGAUGGUCUGAUGGUAAGAAAUUUGAGAUUAGUGUUGACGGAGUAACUUUCGUGGGCCACCCGGUCUACGCCUUCGAGGACGGACGAUGGAACAAGGAUGAACAUGAUGCAGGAAAGACGCCACGGCCAGGCGAUGAAACGGAGGGCUCAAAGUUCUUCAAAGCGACGGCUCGAGGCAAGGGGAGAUCCUUUCAUGACUAUUCUCCCAUCCCUGGGAGUCUGGACUCAUAUAUGGGCCCAAGCCUGGGCACUUCCAUGGAUAGCACGUCUACAACAUCCGGGGUCGUUGCAGAUCAGAUCAACAUGUUCCACGUGGUAUUUGUUCUGAAGUCGAGCGCCCAUCUUGCGAAGGAUGAGACCUUUGCCAUGUACAAUGAUCACGCGAGAAGGCUCAGUCGAGCGCUGCACUACUGCCAGAAGGAGUACAAUUAUGUCACUGAGCAAACUCGGCGACUAACCGCGCUCAAGCUGAAAGUCAAGUCAGCUGCUGCGACGGACUCCGAUUCCUGGGCGCGCAUGAUCGAGACCAGCGAGUUGGCCUGGGCAUUGCAAGAAAUCUAUUUUCAGACCCGGAAGGGCGAGAUCGCAAGCUUUCGGCUUCACGGGAUGGAAAUCUCUCUUCAGCUAAAGAAUCGAUUCCUUUCGGAUCGGACCAAUGACCAUGCGGACAGCAAAGAGCUCUCUCCAUUCUCAGCACUGCUCCUGUUGGUGCCGAAACAGGAGCUGUUGGCCGAGCUUUUGCAUACGGAUUCAUUGCUUCUGGCGUCCUUCAUCCGCGAAUUGAAGCCGACCAAGAACCUCUUGAAGCAUGCUGCCAUGCUCGGCGCUCCCAUCAAGGACGUCCUCUACUUGGCGCACCAUCUCAUCAAGUGGCGGAAAGCCCGUCUGUUGCGGAUGCCUCUCCAUCAGCGAAACAUCUAUGCCAUCAGCUCGACGGCGCCGCUGUCGGACCUCGACGUGCACAUGGCCGAGUACGAACUCCGGUUCCCGGGUCAUCUGCCAAGUCUACCGAGCAUGCUACGGGUUCUCAGCGGGAAAGCGAUCCAUUUCGGCCAACUGCCCCCCAGCCGUGACCACCGAAUCGUCUACAUGGACAUCCUGGCGUUCCUGGUGAAGCAUGGGUUCGUCAAGCAAGUCCUCACGCACGGAUGGCUCCGGGUCCCGCUGAACUACGAACCCCCCUCCUCCGGCGACGAGCACGAGAAGCACGACCGAACACGGCCGUUCCCCAUCGCGAGCCUCCUAUCGCCGCACCUGCGGGCCGCGCCCGAGGACGACGAGACCGUCAGCGUCAGCUCCGAACGCACCGCCCUCCCCCCGACGACGCCGGCAUCGCGCCCCGCCACCGCCACCACGGCCCACAAAUCCAACCAGCGACUCAGCACCGCCACGCAGUUCACCAUCCCGACCAUCUCCGGCCCCGGCGAGGAACGCGACGCCCACGCGGCCACGGCCACGGCCACGGCCUCCACGAUCAUCCUCUCGCCGUCCGACCCCUCCAGCGGCGAGACCCGAUUGAUCUCGAAGGUGAAACGGGGGCUGGCGGCCGGCGGCGGCGGCGGCGGCGAUGCGGAGAAGAGGGGGGAGCUCCUGGAGCUGAUGCUGCCGCACCUCGACGGCGACCAUUGCCUGGAGGAGAUCGCGGCGGCGAUCGGCCGGAAGCGCGCCCGGGUGGAGGAGUGUCUGGCGGAGCUGGAGGGCCAGGGCUUGCUCGCCAGGGUGCGGAUCAUGGAAGGGGAGUGA